AUGCAAACUAUUACGUCUUGAAUUACAAGUACAGAGGAAAACCUAACUGAUAAGCUUUCUAUAAUUUUAUCAUACUAAAACAUUCUACUUCAGCCGCAAUGAUGACAGUGGUAGGAAUGGGUUUGCUGGCUUAUUAAAUGUAACAUUAAUUUUAAAUCGUCGAGAGAGAUAUCUAGUUUUUGUAUCGCUCGUGCGCAGCAGUCACACAGUCUACAAUGAUAAGCAAUGGACUCUUGAACGAUCCAGAUAUCUAGCGAAUGAAGUAGUUCUUUUGAGAAGGACCAAUCGAUUCAAACUGCUUAUCAGAGAAAAAUCAAAGUAUAAAAGCAUUAUAUUCAUUCAUUUCAAAAUACAAAGAAGUCGUAUUGACAUUGAGUGCCUUAAAGACUGCCACACAGCUCUUGAUCUUAGAGGAAAUUGAAUUCGUUCGCACGUAUCGUUUGAAUUCUGCACCUUGAAAAACUAAUUUCAUUGUAGAAACCCAUUUAAUGUGUGAGCUUAAGCGGGCUAGUUCAAGAACAUCGGAAAAUCAAAUGUAAAGAUCUGCGUGUGUAUGAUCUGCUGAUAAUCUCUAACACAUCCCCAUGCAAUGGCUCAUGCACACCUGUGUUUUAUCUCAAAAAUCCAGAAGCGGCGUAAGGAUACAAAUUCCUGGUUUAUCCUUUGCGUGUUCUUUUUUUUUACAUAUUUGGCGAUACAUUUCAGUGUGCGACAUUUGCCGCAUAAGCUCUUUUUAAUUGGCGAUAUACUAGAGAAAAAAAAAUGAAAAACAUACCAUUGGCUGACUGAUUUCCUGUAGGAACAAUCAUUUAAAAAAUAUUAAGCUUUAUCAUGCCAGGUAAUUAACCUAAAAGGGACUUCAUAACAAAGUCAUGCAAACCAAUCGCCAGUUUCAACACAAUAUAUACUGGCUAUGAAAAAAUUAAAAAGAAAAGUUUCCUGUUUAUGAUUGUUUUAUUAUGUUGCACAUUUUUAUAUAUCUAGCAUAUCAUUUAUUUUGGUAAAGCAAAGAACCCAGCAUGGAAAUGAAUUUAGCAUCGAUGUUCAAGAUCGAAUACAUAUCAUCGAUUAAAAUUCAAUUCUGUCUAUUAUUGGCGAAAUGCAACGCGAUUAAAAUGUAGUCUUUCGGUUGUAAAACGCUAGUAUCAAGGAAAAAUUAAAGUGUUUGAGAAUUCGGGAUAUUGUUACUUACGUGCCAAGUUAGUGAUAUGACGCGAUCGCGCGUUUUCACUGAUCAUUCCACCUGGUCAUCGGCUGUAUACGAAGUAACUGUAACUGCGAAAGUACAAAUGGUUGGUGACUCAUAAUGUUUGCAUGGAUUCAGAAAUGGAAUUCAAUUGAGCUGAAGCCUGCAGCACCGAACCGAUGUUUCGACGAAAUGAUCACAAAGGGGGAGAUUACCGUGAUCCAUGCGAACUGCAUCAAGCAUCAUUAGUUUUGUGUUUGCAGACAAGGGACAAUGCAACUGCACAAUCAAACACAUAAGGAGCGGUUAAAUCCACUACAAUCAGGUGCCACAGUUUAGUAUCACAAAAUGUGCAAUUCGAGAAUCAUUUUCAACAAAUGCGGUGUCGUACAUCUCUAAACGCGUAACGCAAGGCAGCAGACUACCAUAACCAGAUGUGCAAUCAAAACACAAAGAAGGGGUUCACACUUUUGCCUGGAACCUGAACAUUUAAAGAAGAGGAGUUUGCACAUUAUAAUGUACCUGUGAAUGCGGAAAACGUUAAGCUAACAGCAAGCGUCACGGAUAAGUUAUGGUGCAAGAAAAGAACCAACACUUGCAUGCUAGUGACAAGAUGGAUAGUGUCACGGUGACAGUGCAAACAAUAGUUCUGGCUAAUGCAAUGUGUGUUGAAAUAGCAUCAAUCAUUAACCGUACUGGUACAUGCGCUGGUACACAGAAAAAGGUUAAAUAAAAAGUAGCCAAAAACCAAAAUUUGUCCCAGAAACGUUAGUGAAACAUGCUAAACAAAACUAAACAUGGAAAACAUAUAUCCUGGUGCUAAACAUGGAAAACAUUCAAGCUAUAAGACGGGCAGUCAAAAUGACACAUAAGAAGGACUAUUGAACAAAGGCUUCCGGGUAGGUUUGCGAUUGAUUCUAGAUUCGAUUACUCAACAAUCUUUAAAGAAUGUAAGAUUCAAGCUACUGUUUCGUUAACUACUACAUGGAGCGAUAUAUAACGUUUUGUUUACCCUUUUUAAAAGUACAGGGCGAUCAAGGGGUUUGAAAAAUAAAAUCGCUUCUAUGAGUAACUGGCGAUGUAAGUGCGCGUUUGAUCAAGCGUAUGCGGGCAAAUUCGAAGAAAAGUAAUCGUACUCUUCUCUAGAAUUUGAUUACUCAAGUCCAAACACAACACAAAGUAUAUAAAAGGGCAAGAUGUGUGAAACAUAUUUUUCCUUAGGGUUAAUAUUCCUUCCUCAUAUAAUUAGACGAACGAUUAUUGUAAGUGGGCGAAUGCAGGAACACAUUGGGAAUGUCUUUCUAGCGAAAAGAGGCUUAAGGCGGGCGAAAGUUUAGUUUGAUCAGGAAGUAAGAUGAAAUAUGAUGUAAAACAAUACCACACCACCAUUUCAAUAGGGCGAUCGCUAGUGAUAUUAUCGAGACAUGAUCGCCUUAUUCACUUGACCAAUAUAAACACCGAAACCCCAACAAGACGCAUGAAAACCAAAUGCAUUCUCAAUAUUUUAAGCUCCUCAUUGGAGUUCAUUUCUUCGGAAUGGCAAGUCUUAUAGCCUAAAGGAAAACUUGACGCCCAUGCGAACGAUCGCGGAAUCGAUGCAUGUUUAACAAAAUGACGAAUACCACCUAAAACAACCAAGCAAACCAUGCUUUUCUCUUUGAUAAGAAAGCGUAUUUUCAUUAGGAAAGAUAAAGUAGACAAGUAUAGUAGAACAGUGUCGCCCAAAUAAUCAUGCAAACCUGUGUCAUCAAAAGCUCAAUCAAAAUAACCCAAUGAAAUCAUGUGCAGCGAAGAUAAGAAAUCGUGAACAAAAAAGACGAUGAUAUUAAUAAAUCUCACUACACAAGUGUGCGUGACGAUAGGCUAAAAUGCGACUAAGAUCUUUAGUACACCAGUCGCUUGGAAUUUGAAACAAGUUUAUUUAGCCUAGCAAAAGAUGGCUAAUCCUUGACACACUAGUGCGAGCGUGGUUUUAAAUGAUUUUAAGCAGCUGAGAAUCUUAUGGUUCAUUACUGAUGGAUCAAAACAUGAUUUCAGUUUUGUUUGGGUAAUGAAGAAAAGUGCAAUUAAUUCACGACAAUUUGGUGCAUCACAACGAAAGCGUUUCGCUGUACAAUGUAUCCAUUCAGACAAACAAUGAUUCAUAUUGCAGCUUCAUGCUGCCAUGUCCAAGGUUAUUAUUUGUUUGAAAAUCAAUAGGUUAGUUGUGUUUAUGCUUUUGUUGAGACUGAUUGGUGAAGAAGGUCACAUAGUAGCGAGUAAAAGGAAUCUAGGCAAUGGUGAGUGUUGAAUGAGACCAAAGGGUAAAAUCCGAACAUGGAACGAAUAAAUUUUAAGACACAAAAUAAUUCGCCAAAUGUUACGCAGAACAGUUGUGAACAAACGUGUAGUGGGAGAAGAACAAACUGUUGAAGCUGCAUUGCUGCCUCGAGUAAGCGCCCUAACUUCCUCUAGAAAGGCCGGAUACGAGCCAGGCAAGGGUUAUGCUAUUUGGAGCAAAAGUAUUAUUCGAGCAUGGACUUCAAACACUACUGAAACAAAACCAUGAUGCCACAACGUGCGAUAAAUCAAUAAUUUAACGAUAAUGAAUAAGGAGACAAACUAAACAAAAUGAUAGACAAAUCUAUAUCAACCAAUAUAAUCUUAAGGCGGGUCGAACAAUGCGAAUCGAUUGUUUUACUCAUCGAACGAGAUCGGCGGUGCCACCGAAGAAGUAGCAACCUAUUGUGGGCAAAAAGAAAAAAAAACAAAAAACAGACCGCAGUGACACAAAUAAUGCACAGAAAAUGAGCAAUCGUUCAUGUGCUUUUUUGCGUAUAUAUACUAAGGUACACAGCAUGGCAAGGAAGCUUUGCGCCAGAACAAUUAAUAAAGACAACCACUGGCGGUACGAAGAGGAGACGCGGGAGAUUCGAGUGUUUAUGCUAUCGUGUAAGCCAAAUGGAUUAUGUACUAUGAUUUCUUCAAAACGAGUUGACUACUUCCCCAUAAGCCUUAGCCGCUGGGUUGAACAAUACUCGCCUGGAGAGAAACAGCACUAAAAUGAACAUUUAUUAAAAAGAUAGGUAAUGAGCAUAAUGAUAAAUAACAUUUGAUAAAACAAGUGAACACAAUAGAAACUCUGCGAAGUGAACAUCCAAUAGAAGCAAAAGAAGCGAUUACUCAAAACAGAGCGUGACGUACCAUCAUCUGUAAGUUUCACUCAUGGAAAUGGGAGCACAUUGGGUCAGUGUUUCAUCAGGAAAGAUGCAUACGUCCAAGGGAACUGAAUGGAAAUGAGGUAAACUAACGAAUGAGUUUUAAUUACCUGAGUAAAAUGCGCGUUAUGCGAGCAAACCAUAACCAAUAAUAGUCGACACAGCAGUAGGAGGGUUCUUAAUGCAAUGGGCAAAUACAAACAUGUAGAAAACCCGUAAACAACGGGCUGUUCCCUGUGUAAGAAAAGACUCUUGAGUAUUGCGUAAACCUUUUCCGUUCUUCUGUCUUGCGCUCAAUUGCGAUGGUUUUUGACGGAUUUCAAACGAAAUGAGCAUAGCCUAUCGUAACAAAUUAAAUCACGCGGAUAUGCGUGCAAGACGGCACAAGCUGGAUGAGGCAUUAAGGUAGCUGCUUUUAGUUUACACGUGACGGUAUGGUGCCUUUUGCUUUAGCCUGCCUUCCAACAAAAAACUCGUUUUUGCUAGAUUUUUGCUCUUUAUCGAAAAUGUUGUUUUAUUAUUCAAAACAUGUUUCAAACAUCAAUUGCUCGACUGGUGUGCCAAAUUGAAAUAUACAUAACACCAAAUUUAUCGGAUCGUAUUGUGUGCAGCGAAAU